GAUAAGUUAAUAGUAGAAUGUAGUUUUGAAAAUCGUAUAUCAAUGACCAUGAUCAAAGAAGUUGCCAUAGUCGGCUAUGACACGCCAUCGGAACAUCAAUCGAACGUCAUUUUGGCAAUGGUCGUUUGUUUGCGCGUGUAAAAUGGUCACCUCGUAGCAACGUUUGCCGCUGAGGAACCUAAUAACACCAAAACUCCUACCAAGAUUAGGCAUCCUCAUCUUGAUGAACAAAUUCACCAGUUUAUGUCAAAUGAAAUGCUACUUUCGAGGCAGAAGCUAACGCUUCAGAAGUUCCAAAGAAUUUUAGUAAGAUAUUUCUCGGCAAAAAAAUGUGGAGGCGGAGGAAAAGAACAAGAAAUCCCGGCGUGUACGAAGUUGGCUAAGUUCGAGUCCUGUCAGCUGGAUCCUUGCAUGCUGGAUCCGUGCAAGCCGGAACCCACGGUGGUGAUCAUCGGUGCAGGGAUGGCUGGCCUCUCAGCGGCGCAUCGAUUGUCACAAUGCGGCCUUCAGAAUUUUACGAUCUUGGAAGCAACGGAUAGACCAGGAGGACGAAUUCAUUCGUGCUGGUUAGGCGACGUGGUGGCGGAAAUGGGAGCCACAUGGAUCGAGGGUGGCUGCGUAGCGAAUCCAGUAUUCACCCUGGCUGCUCAAGAAGGUCUUCUGAAGCCACCUAUCUUCAGGCCUGAUCCGAGCCGCGGGCUUUUUUGCACGAGCGACGGCAGGGCAAUCGACCUUCCAGUCAGCAUCACGGCCUAUCACACCUUCCGGCAAAUCGAGCAACAGGCGGCAACCCUUUUCUCUCUAGGCUGUGGCCGCACCCACGGUACGUUGCUGAACUUCAUGGGCGUCAGAAUACAACAGGAGCUCCACAAUUUCCCGGAGGAGCAACGAUACGAUGCAGCCAGGGUGAUGUAUGGGAUGACGAACUGCGUGAGGUGCCGUUGCGGCGAUGAUCUGUCUCUCGUGUCUGCUGAUCAAUUUGGAAGCUACAUCGAGAUCCCUGGUGGCAAUGUCAGAGUGCCUCUUGGAUAUGUCGGGGUACUAGCUCCUCUGCUGAGAGACUUACCCAGUUGUUCCCUCAAGUACUGCAAGCCGGUGAGUUGCAUAAGAUGGGGUGCAAUUAGCGAUUCUUGUCCCCGUGCGGUGGUGAAGUGCUGCGACGGCGAAGAAUUCCCGGCCGAUUACAUUAUCGUCACGGUGUCCCUCGGCGUUCUAAAGAAUCAACACGACAAGCUCUUCUGUCCGGCGCUGCCAGCGGAGAAAGUCGAAGCCAUAUGCAAAUUGGGAUACGGAUUUGUAAACAAAAUAUUCAUGGAAUAUGCCAGGCCGUUCUGGGUCUGGAAAGAAGGUGGCAUCAAACUGGCUUGGUCGGCUGACGAACUUGCUGAUAGAUGCGACUGGGUGAAAGGUGUUUCUAAUAUUGAGGAGAUAACGACUUCUCAGCACGUUCUGUGCGCAUGGAUCUGCGGUCGUGAGGCUGCCGAUAUGGAACUAUGCUCCGACGAAGAGGUCGUCGAGUCAGUGACAAGAGUUCUUCGACAAUUCACCGGUGAUCCUACGUUGCCAUAUCCAGCUAAUCUUCUCAGAAGUAAAUGGUGUAUGGAUCAAUACUUUGCCGGUGCAUACAGCUACAUGGGUCUAGAAAGCACUGUCGGUCAUCAAUGUGAUCUAGCUUGUCCUUUACCAGGUACAUGCGAGCCAAUACCGCCGAUUCUUUUGUUCGCGGGUGAAGCCACGAUUCCGGGACACUAUAGCACAGUUCACGGAGCACGU